AUGGAGAAAAUCAAUCGUAUUAAGCAAAUUAGUAAGAAUAUUACAAUUGUGGGUAGUACAUUAUCGCUUACUAGUUCUACUAUAAGUGGUGGCUUAUCAUUAUCUGGUUAUUCUCAAGAAGGAGGUUUUUUGUCAUUAGCUGGAAAUGGAUGCACAAAAGUCAAAAGUAGAAUUGGAGACGAAAAGUUUUAUAGAGACAGGAGGAGCUUUAGAGAAAGUUGGAUAGAAUUAGUUGAUAUUUAUGAGGAUUUAUAUUUACUUAGCCAUAUUUCCAAGAAUUUUCCUGUAGAAGUGGAUGAAGCUCUUUCCAAUUUUGUUGAAGUAUUAUCUAAAGUAAACCAAGUAAAUUAUGAGCAAAAUGAUGAAGAAAAUGAGGAAUUAACAAUAAAGAAAGAGUCAAGUAAUAUAGUAAUCGAGGAUACUACUAGACCAUAUUUUAUAGAACUAAAUAGUAUAAAUAUACAACUUUAUACGACAAUGUCAGGCUUUACACACCGUUCAUUAUGGGAGAAUACAUCAACUAAAUCAGAUACUGUGUUACAACCAGUUUCACAAUGUUCGGAAACUACAUCAUACGUAGCACCAGCUACUAAAGAAAACAUCUUAAAAGAUAAAGAAUUAUUAAAAAAAUGGAAAGAAAAUGGCAACAAUAUUGCUGAAAAAAUAAAAGAAUUAGUAGAAAAAAUAGAUGCUUAUCGUAAAAAGUUGGUAUCAUAUUCGCUACAAUUUCAAAAUUCUCUUUUGAAACCGCAACUUUAUCAAUAUCCUUCUUCACAACCACAACCUAAUCAAUAUCCUCCUUUUCAAUCAAGCCAAUCAAAACCUUAUCAAUAUCUUUCUUCACAACCACAACCUAAUCAAUAUCCUCCUUUGCAAUCAAGUCAAUCAAGACCUUAUCAAUAUCCUUCUUCAAAAUCACAACCUACUAAUCAAUAUCCUCCUUUGAAAUCGUAA